AUGUCGCAGCAACAACGGCCACCACCACCUCCACCACAGCAGCAGCAACAACAACAACAACCACAGGAAGGUGUAUAUCCUCCACCUGGACACUAUGCAACAUCGCCCAACAGCGAUAAACGGGACAAUGCUUUUGGAAAUGGUCCUUCAACAACUGGAUCAAGUGCAUUCACAGGGCCACCACUUCCUCCACCGUCAGCCAUGCAUCGUCAGUCUUAUCCAACUACGCAUCAGGUGGACUAUUCAGCACGUCAUGAACCUCCUUAUCCGCCUGUUUCUUCACGUUCCUUUGCACCACCUUCUCAACAGUCGUGGGACUAUAAUGAACGCUAUAUGGAGCAACAUCCACCCUUGGGUCAGGCUGGUUCACCUGUACGCCAUCAUCAUCAUCAUCAUCAUUCACAACAACCACAGCAGCCACCUCAACAACCACCACCCCCUCCACCACCGUUUCAGCCUAGAGAUUAUGCACAUCCUAGUGGAGGAGCUUCAACAGGAACAACAACAACAACGGGUGGUCCUUCACUGCCAUUGCCUCAUGAUAUGGGUCCUCCUCCUCCUUCUUCUUCUUCCAACUCUGCUUUUCAACUACCAAGACCCCCAAUGGCCACCAGCAAUGCCCCGCCCUUUGAUCCAAUCCGCUCAUCGGCACAUUCUAAACCAACGGAAGCGGUAUCAUCGCAUCAUCCACACGUGGGCCAGGAUCAUGGACGUCUUCCACCACAGGCUGGAUAUCACUUUGAUCGUGCUCCACCUCCAACAUCCACGGCAUCCCCUGUCAUGUCUAUUUCACAGCUCUUGUCAUCAGAUGCACCACCACGUCCCCCUCAACAACCAUCCACAGCUGCACCUGUGCGUAUAAGCCCACUGUCACAAUCUCAAACUUUUGAGCGAGAGAAUCAAACUGUACCCGAAGCCAAACCUUCAUCACAGCUUGAGCAGCAGCAACAACAGCAACCAUCAUUUCGUAGCAACGGCAUCCGCAAUUUGCUCAACAAUGAAUCGGAAGAAGCAGCAGCAGCACAACCAAUGGCUGAUUCUGAUACAGACACUGAAGAUAUUCCAUUGAUCUCACAAGGUGCUGGUGGUGUCGCUAUUGCAACUCCUACAACAAAGAACCAUGACAAACAGAUGGGAUCAGGAUUACAGAGCACUAUGAAUGGACAACAACAACAACAAAGCCAUGAAUAUGCAACACAACGACCUGAUGAGCAUGUGACCAAUGGUAUCGCCGAUAGCCGAGUACCACAAAUCCGCCAUCGAUUUGAAUUGAGUGAUGAUUCAUCAGGAGACGAAUUAAGCGAUCACGAGGUGCCACGCAUGAAAAGCUUAACAGAAAAGACGCUUGAGGAAUUACAAAUUACGGAUGAUGAUGAUGAAGAGAUCUUUGAUACACAUCGGGAUGAAAUGGUACAAUACAUGAUCGAGGUUCAUAGACGACGGCAGCGUGUGAUUGAAGAUUAUGAGAAUAAGCGAGCACAUCGACAUGCAAGAAUCAGUGAUCAUCUUCAACGCAUAUAUGAAAAGCGAUAUGGCUCUGAUUUUGUGAAGCAAGCUGCCAGCGAGAAUGAAUCUUCUACGAUCUCGGCAACAACAGCCAUGCUGCUACAGGCUGCCAAAGAGGACAAGGAACGACUCAAGAGGAAGAAUAAGCGUGCAAGGCUCAACUCGGAGGAUUAUGAUUCGGAUGCCACAGAUCAGCUCAUUUUCCGUAAGCGUGAUAAGAUGUCAGCACGACAAAUCGAUGAUGAACGCCAAAGAAUUUGGCUCAAUAUUGCUCGCAAGGAUAUUCCAAGAAUGGCACGUAUUCUCUCACGAGUACAAGCUACACGCGCAGGCAAUUGUAAAAAGAUUGCACAAUACUGCCAAAAGGAAGCCAAGCGUGCUGCAGCCAAGGGUAAUCGAAGUCAAAAGGAUAUCCAACUCCGUUCCAAGCGAGCUACCAAAGAGAUGCUUGCAUUCUGGAAGAAGAAUGAAAAGGAAGAGCGUGAAUUGCGAAAGAAGGCUGAGAAGGAAGCAUUGGAGAGAUUGAAACAAGAGGAGGAGCGACGUGAAGCACAACGACAAGCACGCAAGCUCAACUUUUUGAUCACUCAAACGGAGCUUUACAGUCACUUUAUCGGUCGCAAGAUUAAGCAAGAUACGAGUGAGGAUGAUGAGACAGCAGUGCCUACUAGUGAACCACCUACGCCUGCAGCUACAGCUUCCGAGCCCACUGUCAACAUUGAAGACAAUGAUGAAGAUAUCGAUCCAACUGCUGGAGAACAAGCUUUGGAAGAGAUUGACUUUGAUGAUGAUGACGAAGCCAAGUUACGUGAACACGCUCGACGAAGUGCACAAAAUGCAUUGGCUAAGCAAAGAGAACGUACUCGUGCAUUCGAUGAAGGUGCUCGUGAGCGUCGUGCAGCCGCUGAUGCCUCUGAUAUUUCAAUGAGUGCAGCUCAAUUGGAUACCAUGAACUUCCAAGAUCCUUCCAGUAUGGGCACAGAAGAAAUCAAGCAACCCUCUAUGCUCAUGUGUCAGCUCAAGAGCUAUCAGCUUAAGGGUCUUAAUUGGUUGGCCAACUUGUACGAGCAAGGCAUCAAUGGCAUCUUGGCAGAUGAAAUGGGUCUCGGUAAAACAGUGCAAUCUAUCUCUUUGAUGGCCUAUCUUGCAGAAGUCCAUAACAUCUGGGGCCCCUUCCUCGUCAUUGCACCUUCCUCUACGCUACACAAUUGGCAGCAAGAAGUCUCAAAGUUUGUCCCCUCCUUUAGAGCACUCCCAUACUGGGGCAAUCCCAAGGAUCGUAAAGUGCUACGUCAAUUCUGGAAUCGCAAGCAGCUAUAUGGUCGAGACGCUCCUUUCCACGUGGUUAUUACAAGUUAUCAAUUGGUUCUCACCGAUGUCGCCUAUUUUCAGCGUGUCAAAUGGCAAUACAUGGUUUUGGAUGAAGCACAAGCUAUCAAGAGCUCGUCAAGCGCAAGAUGGAAACAGCUACUCGGCUUCCAUUGCCGUAAUCGACUGCUGUUGACGGGUACUCCUAUUCAAAACAGCAUGCAAGAAUUGUGGGCUCUUUUGCAUUUUAUCAUGCCAACCCUAUUCGACUCGCAUGAAGAAUUCAGUGAAUGGUUUUCGAAGGAUAUUGAGAGUCAUGCCGAGAACAAGGGCACCCUUAAUGAGCAUCAAUUGCGGCGAUUACAUAUGAUCUUGAAGCCAUUUAUGCUGCGUCGUAUCAAACGAAAUGUCCAACAUGAGCUUGGUGAAAAGAUUGAAGUUGAGAUUUAUUGUGAUCUGACAGCCAGGCAACGUGCCUUGUAUCGAGGUCUUAAGGAGAAGAUUUCUAUUUCAGAGCUCCUCGAAAAGGCAACGUCACUCAACGAAGAGAGCAUGGAUAGCCUUAUGAACCUUGUGAUGCAAUUCAGAAAGGUGUGCAAUCAUCCCGAGCUUUUCGAGCGUGCUGAUGUCGUUUCGCCCCUUUCAUUCUGUGCCUACAGCGAAAGCGGUGCUUUGAGCAAAGAAACAUCCUUAUAUUGUCCCUAUUCCUCUCGCAGCCACAUCAAAUUCCAUAUUCCCAAGCACUUGUAUCGAGAUGGAGGCAUUUUACGAUCACCAGGAGAACGAUCCAAUGCUGGUUUCUCGACCCGAUACCUCGACAAUCUUAUGAACAUAUGGAACCCUGACUACAUUCAUGAAUCCAUGUUUUCCGAUGACUCUGAUCCUGCAUUUUCUUUCCUCCGCUUUGUUGACACAUCUGCCCAAGAAGCAAGCUAUGUUUUCAAACAAUCAUUGGUUGCACGAUGGAUUGCACACCUUGCACAACGUGACAACCGCUCACGGCGGCGUUUCUAUGCCAACCAGGAUGGUGAAAGCUAUGAUGAUGCACCUAUCAACACCUUUGCCCGUUUCCUUAUCACCGAUACCAUGUCACCUACAUGCCGAUUAUCUGUUACACCCAAUGGACCUAUGGAUCACCUUACCAAUGUUCGUGGCUACACCGAGUAUCUCACGUCCAAAUUCGAUAAUUGCUAUAUCCCAGGGGCUCGAGCUGUUCCUGUGGAUGCUAUUUGCGAUGAUCGGUCAUUUGCGUAUGAGCAAAAGGAUAUCAUGUUUGAUCCAUCAGUGCGAGCAUGCCUAUUUGGUGAACCACAAUACAUUAGCAACCAUGAACGACCUGAAGCGAUGACGUUGUCAACCAUUGUUCGCAAAUCGGAUGGACAGGGUAUUAUGCCAGUGAAUUCAUCUGGUAGUGGCUAUUCAAUGAUGCGUGUUCCUGCAAUGCGUGAUUUGAUUUUGGAUUCCGGCAAGCUUGCUACCCUCGAUCGAUUGUUGGAGAAACUCAAGAGCGAAGGACAUCGAUGCUUGGUGUAUUUCCAAAUGACACGCAUGAUUGACUUGUUUGAAGAAUACAUCAACUACAAGCAAUACAAGUACUUGCGUUUGGAUGGUUCAUCCAAGAUCUCGGAUCGUCGUGAUAUGGUGCAAGAUUGGCAAACAAGGCCUGAGAUAUUCAUCUUUUUGCUCAGCACACGUGCUGGUGGUCUUGGUAUCAAUUUGACAGCAGCCGAUACAGUCAUCUUUUAUGACAGUGAUUGGAAUCCAACGGUGGAUCAACAAGCCAUGGAUCGUGCCCAUCGUCUCGGUCAAACAAAGCAAGUGACUGUAUACCGGUUAAUCACCAAGGGCACUAUUGAAGAACGUAUCUUGCAACGUGCCAAACAAAAGGAUGAGAUUCAAAAGGUGGUCAUUUCUGGUGGCGAGUUCAAGCAAGUCGACUUCAAGCCAAGAGAGAUUGUCUCGUUGUUAUUGGAUGAUGAAGAAAUGGAUAACAACUUGCAAAUGCAGCUGAAGCGGAAAGCGGAAGAGGAAGAAAAGCGUAAAGCAGCACGACCAUCCAAACGAAAGAAGAACAACAAUAAUAAUGGAGAUGCAGUCAAGGCAAUGGAUCGUCUUAUGAGUGCUGGUGGCGAUACUCUUCCUGAAGAUGAAACACCCGCUGCUGCCGGCAGUAGUGGAGGAGGCAAUGGCAAUAGCAAGAAAAAGAGUCGGAUCGGCCGGCCGAGGACAAACAUUUCAUUCACAGGCUAA